GCAGAUUAGGCAGCGAUUAUAUAUCUAGCACAACUCUAAUUGCGAAACAUUGCCUAACACCGCCUUCUCCGUUAGAAGCGUGUCCGAGGCCAGACACCGUUUCAAGCCGCCACCGCCACCGCCACCGCCACCACCACCAGCUUUCAGCAUUAUUAGCAUUUGGUCGGAAAUUAGAAGCUGACAUCAAUGGAAAGCUGUGUUGCUUCAUCACCUCGACUACUACCAGUUACUGGUAAAAUUCAGUCUCAAGUACAUGUUAAGGGUACUGGACCAAACAUAGUCGGGAUGCCACACUUACCAUUUAACAUCAGGAAAGAAGAACUUCGGACUUCUACGUUUAAAAGUUCAUCCCGUGGUAUUAAUGCUAAAUGUGCUGCUAGUGCAAGUGCAACCCAAGUCCUAAAACGCAAUGAUCAAAAAGUUAUUGUUCCGGGCAAACAUGACCCUAAAAUUGAUGACAAUGGGCCCACGUUUCCACCUCGUGACAACCAUGGCAAUGGUGAUAAUGGAGGAGGUGGCGAUAAGUUUUCAGGUGGUCUCACUCUUUUGGGUGUUCUUGGCGUCCUAGAUGUUUUAAAAGACGUAGAGAGUGAAUGGCGAAAGAAGGAAAAAAUAUCUUUCGAGCUUGAAAAUUAGACUUCAUAUGUGGCAGUGAAAUAGUUUUGGGAAUGGUUGAAUUAAAACAUAGGAUUAUUAUCCAUAAGCAUGGUUUUCUUUCUGUCCAUUGGCCUGACUAUUAGUUAGCAAAUAAAUCUACUAGUGAGCAACACUUCGGUUUUGCUGUGAUUACAAACAUUAAAUUGACAAAUUAAUCAGAUAAAUACAGAUGUUACCUUGCCCAUUAGACAUAAAAA